AUGCUGACUCUUGACGCCCGCUCGGCCCGCCCCGACAAAACAGCCGGCAUCGGCACCUACAUCAAAGGGCAGUCCAAGUCCGCGGGCUGGAGCAUCUUCAACAUCUGGCCGGCGAUCAAAUCGGCCGUGAUCAAAGGCGUCGACCAGGCGCUGGGGACGUCGUUCGAAGACCACGUGCUGUCGGGGUACCGGUUCAUAAUGCGGCACUACUGCCGGGGUGACCACAUCUACAUCUUCGGCUUCAGCCGGGGCGCGUACACGGCGCGGUUCCUGGCCGAGAUGGUGCAGCAGCUGGGCCUGCUGUCGCGCGGCAACGACGACAUGGUGCGGUUCGCGUGGGAGACGUUCAGCAACUGGCAGGUGGCCCGCGGCCACGAGCCGCAGACGGCGGCCGACGCCGCGCUGGGCGCGUACAUGGACAAGUUCAAGGGCGCCUUCUGCCGGCCCGACGUGCGCGUGCAUUUCUUGGGCCUGUUCGACUGCGUCAACAGCGUCGGCCAGUUCGAGAUUCCGCUGUGGCGCACGUCGUACCGCUGCAUCGCCACGCCCGCCGCGCAGCACAUCCGGCACGCCGUGUCGAUCCACGAGCGCCGGCUGAAGUUCAAGCCGGCGCUGUUCACGUUCGACGCGGCUGACGCGGCCGCCGUCGACCUCAAGGAGGUGUGGUUCGCGGGCAACCAUGCUGACGUCGGCGGCGGGUGGAACUACUCCAAGGGGCAGACGCACCUGCUGUCCGACACGCCGCUGAACUGGAUGGUGCAGGAGUCGCUGAGCCUGCCCGACUCGGCGAGCCGGCUGGCGUACAAGACGACCAACGUGCAGGACGUCGUGCGGGCCGAGAACGCGUUCCCCGGCGUCGAGAAGCCCGGCACCACCGCCUUUGACGUGCGCCGCCGCGCCAACCAGCCGCACGACAUGCUGAAGUUCUUCCACGGCGUGGGCGUCUUGUCCGUGCUGCUGUGGUGGAUCCUCGAAAUCCUCCCCAUCUUCACCCGGCUCGAGCUCGAAAAGGGCAAGUGGGUGCCGCGGCGCCUGCCGCCCAACCUCGGCGCCCCGCGCGACAUUCCCGUCGAGGGCGUCAUCCACUCCAGCGUCAACGAGAUGAUCAAGGCGGGCAUCCUCGACGAGAAGUCGGUCCCGGAGAAGGGCGGGGACAACCCGCUGCUGCCCAACGUGGCCGGCGUGCUGGGCGAGUGGACGGCGCGGCGCGAGAGGACGAGGAAGAUGAGCGGCAGCAGUGCCGAGACGUUGGUCGAGCGCGCGGGUGAGGUGGGGGGGUUGGUCAAGGAGAAGUUGGGGGAUGUCGGGGAGGGGAUUGAGAAGGGGGUGGAUGAUGUGAAGGGGAAGUUGGACGGGGUCGGCAAGGGGAUUGAGAAGGGGGUUGGUGAUGCAAAGGACAAGUUGGAUGGGGUUGGGAAGGGGGUCGAGAAGGGCAUCGAGAGUGGUGUUGGUGAUGUGAAGGACAAGUUGGAUGGGGUUGGGAAGGGGGUUGAGAGCGGCGUCGAGAAGGGCGUUGGUGAUGCGAAGGACAAGUUGAACGGAGUUGAGAAGGGAGUCGAGAAGGGGGCCAGUGAUGUGAAGGACAAGUUGGAUGGGGUUGAGAAGGGUGUCGAGAGUGGUGUUGGUGACGUAAAAGAGAAGUUGGACGGGGUCGGCAAGGGAGCUAAGAGCGGCGUUAGUGACGUAAAAGAGAAGCUGGAUGGUGCUGGAAAGGGAGUUGAGAGCGGCGUCGAGAAGGGGGUCAGUGAUGUGAAGGACAAGUUGGGCGGUAUCGGGAAGGGAUUAAAGUCCCUGAACCCGCUCCGGGCUUGA